AUGGAAGACCUCCUUAGCUAUAGUCCCACCUUCAACGAGGACAUCUCGAACUGGGACGUUUCUUCUGUCACCACGAUGCGAUCAAUGUUCUGGGGUGCAGAACUAUUCAACCAAGACUUGUCGUCAUGGGAUGUCUCUUCUGUCACCAGCAUGAGAUCAAUGUUCAACAGCGCGAGCGCGUUCGAUCAGGAUUUGACAUCAUGGGAUGUGUCGUCUGUCACCACGACGCGAUCUAUGUUUGCCGAGGCAUCAUCAUUCAAUGGCGACUUGUCAUCUUGGGAUGUCUCUUCGGUCACUGAAAUGACAUGGAUGUUCUGGCUUGCAGAAUCCUUCAAUGGAGACUUGUCAUCGUGGGAUGUUUCUUCUGUGACUGACAUGUCUGCGAUAUUUCACGAAGCAGCAUCCUUCAACCAGAAUCUUUGUGCAUGGGGUUUGCGGAUUCCCAAUAACGCUGAUGUUUCGAUACCGUUCGUAGAAACCAAUUGCCUAUCGACAAGCCAGCCAAACCUCACUGGGACUCCUCCUGGGCCUUUUUGCCACGUCUGUUAA